UGUGUGGAGUCAGAGUGAAGGAUCUGGAGUUAGUAUGCGGAGGGAUGUAAGAUGGCAGAGCUGCAGAUGUUGUUAGAGGAAGAGAUUCCCGCUGGGAAGCGCGCGCUGUUGGAGAGCCAGCAGAACCUGAGCCGCGUGGCGGAGUACUGCGAGACCAACUAUGUACAGGCGCAAGAUAAGAGGAAGGCGCUGGAGGAGACCAAAGCGUACACGACCCAGUCUCUGGCCAGCGUCGCCUACCAGAUCAACGCCUUAGCCAACAAUGUUCUCCAGCUGCUUGACAUCCAGGCCUCGCAGCUCCGCCGCAUGGAGUCCUCCAUCAACCACAUCUCACAGACGGUGGACAUCCAUAAGGAGAAAGUGGCGAGGCGAGAGAUCGGCAUCCUGACCACUAACAAGAACACGUCCAGGACGCACAAGAUCAUCGCUCCGGCCAACAUAGAGAGGCCCGUGAGGUACAUCCGAAAGCCCAUAGACUACACCUUGCUGGAUGACGUGGGCCACGGAGUCAAGUGGCUAAAAGCCAAGCAGCAACAUGGAAACAACCAAUCAAUCAGAGGAGGAACGCUAUCGAGGACCAAUCCGCCGACGCAGAAGCCACCCAGUCCGCCCAUGGCAGGGCGCGGCACUCUGGGGCGUAACACUUCUUAUAAAACUCUCGAGCCAGUAAAACCUCCUACAGUGCCUAACGACUACAUGACCAGCCCCGCCCGCCUCGGGAGCCAACACAGCCCAGGACGCACGGCCCUGCUCAACCAGAGACCAAGAACCCAUAGUGGCAGCAGCGGGGGUAGUGGCAGCCGUGAGAACAGCGGAGGCAGCAGUAUUGGCAUUCCCAUCGCCGUGCCGACUCCCUCCAUCCCUAACUCUGGCCCAGUUCAGUCCAUGUUUGCCCCGCCCCCACCUCCACCCCUGUUUGGGGGUCCGCUGGGUCUAGGGCUCGGUCCAGCCCCCGUCUCUCAGUUUGGCACGAUAUCGCGACAGAUGUCUCGCCACAACUCCACUACGUCGUCCAUGUCCACGGUCUCAGCCACGGGGACGUACAGACGCGCGCCGUCCGUCUCCUCUCAGCUUCCUCUGCAGCACAUUAAUGUCAACGGUGCUGCUCCGGCCACCUUCACACACAACUCAAUGUCUGUUGCUCCCCCGCCUCCCCCCAUGCCUCAGCUCAUUCCACAGAUUCCCCUCACCGGCUUUGUGGCCCGGGUGCAGGAAAACAUCGCCGACACCCCGACUCCUCCCCCUCCUCCGCCGCCUGACGAGGUGCCCAUGUUCGAUGAAGCUCCGCCUCCUCCCCCUCCCCCACCCGUGGACUACGAAGACGAGGAAGCGGCGGUGGUGCAGUACAGCGACCCGUACGCCGACAGUGACCCCCAGUGGGCCCCAAAAAACUACAUUGAGAAAGUUGUGGCCAUCUACGACUACGCCAAGGACAAAGAGGACGAGCUGAGCUUCGUGGAAGGCGCCAUCAUCUACAUCAUCAAGAAGAACGACGACGGCUGGUUCGAGGGUGUGUCUAACGGCGUCACCGGCCUCUUCCCCGGCAACUACGUCGAACCCAUCAUGCACUACGCUGACUGACGAGGCCGCGGGGGGUGGGGUAGCUCUAUUAGACGUGUAGACACACACAGAGAGAGAGAGAGGGGUGUGUCAGUGGGUGGGUGGACGAGCGCCGGCUCCUGGGCUCGGAAUAGAUGAUGAUGAUGAUGAUGAUGAUGUGCUGAGGGUGUGAUCUGUGUAAAUACCACAAGCCGGGUGUUUUUAGUAUUUUUACAGUGAAUGUCCAUCAAUGCCAAAAGUCUUCGUUUAGAAGUUUUAAUCCAGUCCAAACUGUGUAUGAUGAAAAUAAAAACAAAUGUACACGAUAAAGAUAUAAAACGUGAUUGAAAUUCUGACAUGAAGCAUGCCUACAGCUUUUAUAUCUAUGAUAACCUCCAGAUUUAAUUCCACUUUUUUUUUUCUUUUUGGUCCUGUUACUCAAAGGUAUUAAUGGACAUUUAAAAUUUAAUUUGAAUACUUAAAUAUUGUACAAUUUAUCCCCCUCAUCCCAAUCACGUUUAAAGUCAUAAAGUCACGUUUAUAAUUUUUUUUUUAUUCUAUUAAGAUUUUUUUUAAACAGAACAUUGAUUUUUAUUUGUUGUUUGUUUUUUUCCUUGUAUGUAUUUUCAAUCAUGCACAAAAGACAGAUCUGUAGAUUUUCUUAUACUGUAAACAUUAAAGAACAGUAUGUUACUCAAUCAGUAUACAAUCCACAUCUACCAUUAAUCAGCCAGGAACAAACUGCCUUGUGGGAUUCACGGCGACUCGUCACCUCCCUGCUCGGAUUAAUGAUCAGAUUUGUGAACUGGUUCAGGAUCGUGAUUAAAACCAUGGAAAUAUUGACAAUAAUUAUUAUUAUUUUUUGUAAAUGUUCAUUAAGUUCACCAGCUUUCCUCUGAUCAGUUCAUUUGUCAUUAACGUCACUGUGUCACUAUUAACGCUUUUUUUGUUUUCCACACAAUGUUGAAACCCAGGACUAGAGGAUUUUACUUUUUAAAAUAAAAUACCAAACUUUUUGCUUUGUA